AUGAGAAGCAAGAUUCUACAAAAGCUAUCAAGACACAGAAUAAAGGUGUUGGUGUUAUUAUUUGUCACUGGGUUUUUGUUCUAUUCCUUACUUGAAUCAUUAAGAAACUACGAUUGGAUUGCAAAUGAAGAGGAGUCUUUUUCACUCGCUUCGCUGAAGCAAUCUUUGAACGAGCAACAGCAAUCUCAGAUGAAAACAGAUCUGGAAAUCAAAAAUGAUAAGGAACAGGAUCCAGCACAGUCGUCGUUGAGCAACGCCCAUAAGUUCUGGAAACGCAUUUUUACCAUUUUCGAUGAGAACAGAAUGAAUCUUAAAGACCGUUUUGGUGCUCUUAUAGAAGUCACUGACAAAUCGAAACACUUGGAUGGACCAAAGACCAAAGAAGCCUUACUUUCGCGAGCAACGAUGCUGGAUGAGGUUGUUUCAGAGCUCAAGAGGAGACACGAGCUCGUGGUGCUGCAAUUACCUACCCAUAUCGCAGAAGCUACAUACAAUAAAGGAACGACAGGUGUAGUAUUCAUUGGUGGAGCAAAAUUUUCGUGGCUAACAUAUUUGGCUAUUCUUGCUUUGCGAGAAACAGGAACAAAGUUACCUGUUGAGGUUAUAAUGCCCAAGAAGCUGGACUAUACCAAGGAACAGGAUUUCUGCGACAACUUGUUACCAGAACUUGGCGCUAGAUGUGUUAUCGUUCCAGAUACUAUCGGGGAAUCAGCCUUGAAUGGAAGAAGUCUUUUUGCGUACCAAUUCAAAUCGAUUGCUUUGGCUAUAUCAUCUUUUCAACAUAUACUUUUGCUAGAUUCUGACAACAUCAUUGUGUCGAACCCUGACCUUGUGUUUGACAGCCCGCUUUACAAAAAGUACGGCAUGAUAACCUGGCCCGAUUAUUGGAAAAGAACAAUAUAUCCAAAGUAUUACGAUAUUGCAGGGAUACACGUUAAUGAGCGUAAAAGAGCAAGAUAUGAUAGGUUUCCCUUGUUUGAGCCGGUAAAUUCAAAGACAGGACUUAAUGUUGGUCCUGAAGAUGCUGUGCCUUACCACGAUUUAGAGGGUGCAGUGCCAGAUUUGUCAACUGAAUCAGGCCAACUCAUUAUCAACAAAGCCACGCAUGGAAAAACAAUUCUAUUAUCCUUGUACUACAAUAUUUAUGGUCCGGAUGUAUUUUACAAGUUGUUCUCCUUGGGUGAACAAGGAGAAGGUGACAAGGAUACGUUUGUUACGGCAGCCAUCGUGUGCAAUGAACCACAUUAUCUGGUAAAAUCUUUCAUUUUAUCGCCCGGAUAUUUUGACAACAACAACAAAUUCAACGGAGUGGCAAUGGCCCAGAAGAACCCUUUAUCUGAUUAUAAUUUGUUCAACGAGCUAGUGGUCAACUCUUUCACCAAGAGUGGGAAGACGAUGAGCGUACCGGAUCAAAUCAAUCAUUUGGAUGCCUUAACUAAGAAAGAGUUUGACAGUUAUAACAAAAUGCCAAUAUUUGCAAUUCAUUGCAAUCACCCGAAAAUAGAUCCUGUUCUUUACAUGCAGCGGGGCGAUAUAUACGAUUCAAAGGAGAAAAGAUUGAGGUACAGGCUUUACAAUGGUAUGAAAUAUGACAAAACAGUUUUGAGUUCAUCAAAGGAGAAAACUAUAGAGACCGAUUUUGAGUAUGAACAGUGGCUCCAUAUCCAGAAUGCGCUUUGUGUAAGGAAGCUAAAAUUUGAGCACUUUAAGGAUCUAGACGCGGAUGACUUAUGUGAGUUUGUUAAUAAUCAAGUGAAAUGGUUACUGCCUGGUCAACAGGUAAACUCCUAA